AGAGACAGUAGCAACGACUAGUGUAUCAGGUCGGUCAGCUACCUUUGCAGUGCACGGCUUGCUUGCACGAGGUAUAAGACAGGCAGAGUGCAAUACAAACGCGAGUGCUUUCCCAAAUUCAGAAGCUCGCGGCCGUGACAUUGAUCGCAGUAGCAUGACACACGCUGCUGGCUGACCGUCCGCUGUACUGGACUAGACUGCAUUACUAGGUGCUGCGGAGUGGUGGCCGAGUGUCGUGUGCAAUCAGCGGACACUUUCAUUGAAAUUAUCAACUUUAUACACACGACUUGUGGUAACAGACGCGGCUCGUGGUCGGCCUGCAGUGUCCCGCACGCGACGCGCCCAGCUUCACGCACAGCUUGCACUGCUGACUACUGAGAGAUGACGCGCAGGGUGCUGUCAGCGCUGCUGCUGCUGCUGACGACGUCGGCGCCGGCAUUAGCUAGAGAUGUUACCGAUGCGGAAUACGCGCGGUUCCCGCGGCUGUACCAUCUGGACGACUACAGCUCGUGUCUGGCGCGGGAGGGGGGGCUCUACUGCCUCGGCUCCUUCCACCUCGCACCGCUCGCAGACAACACGCUCUACUCCAUGCUUGAGGAGUACUCCAAGGAGCCGCACCACUUCAACCGCACGCAGCUCCACCGCGGGUACUGCGUGAGCUCGCGGUGCGGCGCGCUGGGCGAGCGCAACGUGUCGCGGCGGUUCGAGCGCUGCGCGGCGCAGUGGGCGCGGCGGCGGGGGCUGCGGGCCGCGCUGGCGCGCCUGCACUACUGCCGCUCGCACGCGCAGCACGUGGCGCGCGGCCGCAGCCCCGAGCCGCUCGACAUCCCGCAGCGACUGUUCCUCUACGUGCUGGCGGGGCUCCUGGCGCUCAAUGUGCUCGGCACCGCGUACGAUGUUGUUACCGACGACCCUAAGAAGAACUGGCUGAGCAGCUGGUCGAUGCGGUCCAACUGGCGCCGCCUCACCGCUACACACGAGGACGGAGACCCACGACUCUCCUCCCUUUCACCCGUGCAGGGACUCAGAGUGUUGCUGAUGGUACUGACGAUGGCCACACACAGCGCCUGCAUCCAGGUCAUGCUGUACGUCUACAACCCGAGGUGGAUCGAACAGAUAUCACGUCACCCGAUCCUGAUGCUGUUUCUGAAUGGUACCUCAGUGGUGCAGAUAUUCGUGAUGCUGUCCAACUUCCUGCUCGGCUACAACCUGCUCCUCUAUGUCAAGGACCACAAGCCCUCCUUCAGCUUGCUCCCGUACAUCAUCAUUAAGAGGAUAGCCAGGAUCUCCCCAGUGUACCUGGUGGUGGUGGGGUACGCGGCGACGUGGUGGCCGCGCAGUGGCGCCGGCCCGCUGUGGGUCGCCUUCACCGGCGCCGAGAGCGCCGCCUGCCGCCGCAAGUUCUGGACACACGUGCUGUUCGUCAACAACCUCGUGGACCCUGGCGACAUCUGUCUCGUGCAGACGUGGUUCCCGGCGGUGGACACGCAGCUGCACGUGGUGUCGGCGGCGCUGUGCCUGUGGCUGGCGCGGCAGCGGGCCCGGCGCCCGGCCCGCCCGGCCCGCGCCGCCCGCCUGCUGGCGCUGCUGGCGGCCGCCGCCAGCGCGCUCGUCGGGGGACUCGCCUACAUCUUCCGCUGGGAGUCCAUCGUGUACUACGCCUACCCCAAAAACCUGAACACAAUGUACAAGGACAUUCCAUCAUUCUCCUGGCUGUACCAGGCUCCGUGGGGCAGCCUCGCCGCCUGCCUCAUUGGACUGCUGCUGGCAUUUGUCCACUUUGAAAUACAGGAGUCGGGAGUGAAGGUGACUUCUUUGAAGUGGGCGCCAUGGUUGCGCAGACUAUACAGUGCAAGCCCGGCGCUGAUAGUGUCGUGGAUCCUGGCCGGGACCUGGCUGCGCGGGUACAGCGAGCCCUGGUUCACGGCCCUGUACGUGGCGCUGGAGCGGCCCGUGCUCAGCCUGCUCGCCGCCGGCAUGCUGCUCGGCAUGAUCAACGGGUUUGAAGGCUGCCUGAAGCACGUGCUGGCGUGGCGCGGCUGGCGCGCGAUGGGGCGCAUGUCGCUGUCCGUGCUGAUGGUGCACUGGUGCAUCAACGUCAACAUCGCGGCCUCCCGCCUGCAGCCCACCACCGCGUCGCUGCUCAGCGUGGUCGUGGACGCGGUGGCGACGAGCUUCUGUUCGUACAUGGUGGCAGUGCCACUUACCAUCAUGGUGGAGAUGCCGGUGCAGAGGGUAGUGACGUCACUAAUCGUCAAUAGAGUGACCAAACAGUCGUAGCACACGAGCUCACGUAGGAAACUAGAUUUUAUAAAAUUGUGCAAUAUUUGUGGUGCAAUGGGUACUGUGAUACCGCCUUACAUUGUCGUUGUAAUGUUGUCUAGCGAGCCGAGUGCCCAGUGCGACGUAUUCAGCCAUUCGAUCGCACAAACGUUAACUCUGAUUUGUAUGGACUGGCAACGGCUGGGACUGUUAACGUUAAAGAUCUUCGCACACCUACCAAACAAGGCUCCGGCACGGCUCCAACACCGCGAUGUCAUUCUCAUUUAAACAUGAACUUUGAAUCGUAUGUCAUAUGACAUAUUUCGUAACGUCAAUCUAUAUAAGCUAUAAGCACGCAUUUUUGUAUGGUUUCCAAAAAAACGCCGCCGGAGCCGUGCUUGUUAGGUGUGCGAUGACCUCAACUCGACCAACGUUAUGGCGUUCAGCGCGCACACGACCAACCAAUCAAAGAGCUAAACGUGGUAACGUUUCGAUAACUCAUAAUUAGCACUCUGAUGUUUGAGUGACAAUGAAAUCCCAGGACUUUGUCACAGCACAAUCUGUAUGUAGAUAAUAUUGGGAACUGUGCUGUGAUCACUGCAAGGAACAUGUCUGUGUACGAUGGGAAGGAACGACGACCAUGACUCGAACCGUUCCGUGAUAUAAAUAUCAUUGUUGUGUGAUUAUUGCACUAGUGCAAUACUGACUGCCUGUUGUACACAUACAUUUGUGUCAGUAGACACAGAUGCAGUUUGUUGGCGACUGAUAUAUCUAACAUUUGUAUUGUAACUUUCGUGAGACAUACUAAAUAAAUUAUUAUGUUUUCGGCUUACUCACGUAGUAAUUUGAGGAGGAACUCGACUAAUUGCAAGCCAUGCUACGACCCGCGACGCCGCGUCGCUGGUCGCGAAAUGCUGCUCAUGAAUAUGAGCCUCUAGCAUGGCUUGAAACUAGUCGAGUUCCUCGUCAAAUGAUAUAUCGAAUAUUGUAUUUGUACAGUUCAUUCAACCAACCAACCAGGGUUUGUAUAUGUCGCAACUCAAUGCCUUAUUUACUGCCGAUUAAUAAUCUUGCCACUAAGUAUAGGAAGAAAACAGGAUUCCCUAUGUUUUACGGCUUUCUCACUUAAGGUAACUCAACUGGUUUCAAGUUAAGCUUGGGGCUCAUAGUUAUGACAUUGCUCGACAAACAAUUAGGUACGAUGAAAAAUUAGGUCUCUAAUCAUCAUUUCGUGAAUCUUUUGUUAAAAUAUAGCAGAAACUAACUAACCUACGUCAACAUAAUUACUAUUAUGACUUGGACACAAAAAUAUGUCUUGUCUUGUUAUUGCAUUUAUUCAGCUGUUUGAAUUUGUAUUGUUUGUGGGUAAUUGUAAGCUGCGACAUAAUUAUUAUGAUGAUGGAACUGUGACGGUAGUGAUAGCUUAUAGAUUUAUUAUAGGUAUAAGUAUAAGUCUGUUAUUUAGGUAAUUAUUGUAUGGAAAUAAAGAUUACAUUGAUUUUUA